UUUACUUACUUUUUACCAUCAAAGUGAUCGAGUGUCUAUUUUCUAAAUCUGUAUCGUGCAAACCUUGUUUUUGUUUCGUUAUAAUUAUCGGGAAGAAAAUUAUUCUUUACCAUGAAAUUUGAUCGUCCUUGUCAAUCACAUUUCUAUAAGUGUUAACAGGUUUUUAAUUUGAUCCUUGAAUUGUAACGCAGAAACACAUUUGUACUUGUCACUCAGACAGAGUUGAUGAUUUAAGAUUCGUAAGUCCAUUAUUAGUUCCUUAAUUUCAGGACUAUAUCACGUGUAGAUAACUGCUGCAGCAAAUCCUUUCAGGGAGCCAGCGAAGUCUCAUAAUGGUGGCCCUGAGGCAGGAGAUGACCAGUGCCUGAAACUUUAAUUAAGAAGAAGGCACAACUGUGAACAUUGCUGAAAGUAGGAAGCCCAUAAUGGGAGACGCUGAAGAUAAUGCUGGUGACUUAGCAGAAGAUGUAGGAGAGUUGAGUCUCUCAGAAAAAUCUGAAGCUGCCUCCAAAAAAUCUAAAAUUGAAAUUUUGCUCAAAGCCACUGGAAACGCUCCAAUAGUGAAGAAAAAGAAGUGGUUAGUAGAACAGGACAGAACAAUUGGCUCGGUAUUAAAUUUUUUCCGGCGAUAUCUGAAACUAGAUCCAGCUGAGAGCCUUUUCUUGUAUGUCAAUCAAUCUUUUGCUCCUGCUCCAGACCAGAUCAUUCAAAACCUCUAUGACUGCUUCGGAUCAGAUGGAAAACUAGUCUUGCAUUAUUGUAAAACUCAAGCCUGGGGGUAAUGUCACAACUCAUUAUUUUUUACUCUCUAAUACAUUCCUUCUGUGAAGGGUUACUAUCUCUCAGCAUUAAGAACAGUACAAGGAGAGAUUCCCUAACAUUUUGAUUUUUGGUACAAGUAUGGUACAUUGUGAUAAAUUCUCUAUUGAAGGGGAGUGAAAUCUGUGAAAAUCUAAAUUUUCAAGAUUUCAUUUCUCAAACUUCUAGCAUGGGCCGAUUGAUUAAUUUGCUUCUUCUAUAAAAAAUAUUGAAAGCAACUGCUAAUAGGCUAUCUGUAAGUAUACGUCAGCUCAGAAGUGAAAUUUUCUGCUGUUUCAGGGUGUGAAUUAUUAACUGAAAAUACUGUACAAAUUUUUAUUGAUCGCUCUUAAAUAUGUUUAAAAGUUACAUUUUACGUGAUUUGCUUGUUAAUAAACCUAUGUUUUCAAUGAAAGAAUUCUGUGAUCUUUUAGUUCUACGUAUUUGAGAAUCAAAAUUCAUCGCAUUGAAGCAGCUUUUGUAUUAAAGUGUUUCUUACACAAGA